UUUCUUCUCUACUUACCGUAAACUUAACUUCCAUCUGUUCACGUCCACAUUUGACGAAUCAAAUCAAAUUCCAUAAAACUCACAAACAUAUAUAAACAUAAACAUAAUUCCCAGGAUAUAUGUUGUUUUUCGUCUGAUUUUCUCCAGCAAACACACAUCUAUCAUAUCGAAGCAACAAGCCAUCCAUGGCGGGCUGUACAAGUUGUAGAUGGCAAUGGUAUUUGCGAAUGGUAAUUUUGUUUGCUCAGUUUUUCCUGUUGCCGGCAGCCCAGUUUGGGGUAUUGUCAAGGGAAGCUUUGCCAGGAGUCCAAUUGGAUAUACAGCGAAGCUAUGCAGUGAUGAGUAAUGGCAUCCUUGAAGUCAAUAUGACAGUCCCAGAAGGUUUUGUCACAGGGGUAUCGUACCUAGGGAUUCAAAAUUUACUCAAUACAGACAACACAUUUAACAAUAGAGGAUUUUGGAGUAUUACGUGGGUCAAUCCAGAGAAUGAUAUACAGAUGGACAAGUUAGAGGGUACAAGCUUCAAAGUCAUAACACAAACUGAAGAUCAAGUAGAGGUUUCGUUUACAAGAAAGUGGGAUGGUUCUCAAACUCAACCUCGGUUAAAUGUUGACCACAGAGUUAUAAUGUUGCGGGGCUUGUCGGGUUUCUACACGUACUCUAUAUUUGAGCGGUUAAAAGGAUGGCCUGCCCUGACUUUAGGAGAGAACAGGAUUGUCUACAAACUAAACACAGAUACGUUUGAUUUUAUGGCUAUCUCGAAUGGGAGGCAGAGGAUGAUGCCAAGAGAUGAGGAUCGUAAAACUGGGCAAAAACUUGAUUACGCAGAAGCUGUUCUCUUGACAAAUCCAAUUGAUCCAUCUAUGAAAGGAGAGGUUGAUGACAAGUACUUCUAUGCAAAAGAUAGUAAAGACAUUAAGGUUCAUGGGUGGGUUUCUACUAAACAUGAUCCCCCACUAGGAUUUUGGAUGAUAAGUCCAACCAUGGAGGCUCGUGUCGGUGGUCCUUUCAAGACAGAUUUAUCGUCUCAUUGCGGCCCGACUUUACUCUCUAAGUUUGGCGGUAGGCAUUUUGCUGGGAAGGAAUUAGAUUCUAAGUUUCAAAAUGGAGAGCCAUGGAAAAAGGUUUUUGGUCCUGAAUUUGUGUAUCUCAACAAAGAUCCUUCUGCUAAGAAUGAUCCUUCUCUACUCUGGAAUGAUGCAGUGAAAAGGAGGAAUCAAGAAGUUGAAAAUUGGCCAUAUGAUUUUCCAACUUCCAAGGACUACAUCAAAUCUCAGCAAAGAGGAACUGUCAGAGGUCGAUUACUUGUUCAUGAUUGGUUUGCCGAUAAACAACCAGUUCCAGCAUCAAAUGCUUACGUGGGAUUGGCCCUGCCGGGUGAACCUGGAGCUUGGCAAAGAGAAACUAAGGGAUAUCAAUUCUGGACAGAAACAGAUAAAGAUGGGAACUUCUUCAUCAAAAAAGUAAUAGUUGGGACUUAUGCUCUAUAUGCAACAGUUCCAGGGAGGAUUGGGACCUACAAAAAUGAUAAGCCUGUCAACAUUGAACCAGGUUCUGAAAUUGAACUGGGAGAUUUAGUGUAUAAACCUCCAAGAAAUGGAGCGACACUUUGGGAUAUAGGCGUUGCAGACCGUACAGCUGCUGAAUUUUUCAUCCCAAAACCCGAUCCCAAGUAUAAAGUCUACCCGUUCAAAGAUCAACCGGAAAAUAGGUUUAGAGAAUAUGGCCUGUGGAAACGCUAUGCAGAUUUGUACCCUGAUCGAGAUCUUGUCUUCACUGUUGGAAGUAGUGAUUACGCUAAAGACUGGUUUUUUGCUCAUGUCACCAGAGAACUUGCAAAUGGAACAUAUGGGGACACCACAAGACAAAUUGUAUUUAAGCUUGAAAAUGUAAAUACAACCUCAUAUUACACACUCCGAUUGGCACUGGCAGCAGUCCACUUAGCAGAUGUACAAUUACGUUUCAAUAAGAGAGAUGCAGAACUACCCCAUUUCUCGACGGGGAUUAUAGGCGGAGAUAACGCUGUAGCGAGACACGGGAUUCAUGGGCUGUAUUGGCUCUUCAGUUUCAGGGUAAGUGGAUCAUGGCUUGUGCCAGGAAACAACACAAUAUUUCUGACACAUGUAGGAGGUUCCACUUCUUGGAGAGGUGCCAUGUAUGACUAUAUAAGGUUCGAAGGUCCUGACCAGUUAAAGGUUUCUAUGUAAUAUAUGUAACAUUAUUCACUAACGAUUAUACCAUGCGCCGGGCAUGAUACAAGCUAAAUCGGCAACAUCGUACCAUUUGGGCAGCUAGGACUGAUGGGACUUCAACCACCGCCCAAAUUAAACAUUAUUAUAUGUUCCGCCCAUACGAUGAUGAUAAAUCUGUAGCCAGAAAUUUAUUUUAUAUUCAUAUAUGUACUAUAAAUAAAUAUUUUGUAUACCAUUUUUUUAAAUAUUGAUUUAAUUUAAAAA